AUAAUAAUUGUUGAAGGUUCUCCCUACUCUACUUCUUAUCAGAGGGAGUCAAACUCCCUCUCCAUUGAUUAGAGAGAGAGAGAGAGAGGAGACACCACGAUACACUCCAUUCCCUUUUUUUCCUCGAUCUAAUCCAGAAUUUAGGUUAUUGGAGAACAACUGUUGCGAAUAGGUGGUGCUGAUCUCAACCCCUGCUUGUUAGAAGCAACAAAUAUGGUGGGAUUGCGAGUCCGGUUGUUUCUGCUACUUACGCUUGUUAUUAGCUUUACCAUCACAGAUGCAAGAAAUGUGGCGACUGAGGAAAAUAUCGGUGAUACCAGUAUAGCAAUUGAAAGCAAGACAUCUACAUCAAAUGUGCAGAAAAAACAAUUCUGCCAAUUAUGCGAGGAGUUAGCAGCUGAAGCAUUAUUCUACAUCGGCGAAAAUGAGACACAGGCUGAGAUCGUCGGCGUCCUCCAUCAAGCCUGCUCCAAACUCCGUUCUUUGAAACAACAGUGUAUUACGUUGGUGGACUAUUAUGCACCUCUUUUGUUCCUGGAGAUUACUACAAUAAGCCCCGAACAGUUCUGCGAAAAGGUGAAUCUCUGUAAGGACACGGCACUAAUUCGCCUUCCAAAACUCGGUGAUGUUUGCACACUUUGCCAUCAGGUUGUUGACGAAAUUCUUGCCAAGUUAGAAGAUUCCGACACACAGCUUGAUGUUAUCGAGAUGCUCCUGAAAGCAUGCACCAAAGUGGAAACUUAUGUGCAACAGUGCAAGAAAUUGGUCUUCGAAUACGGCCCUCUGAUCCUGGCAGACCUUGACAAAUUUCUCGAGACGAAGGAUAUUUGUACCUCCAUCCAUGCAUGCAAAGCCAGCAAAGGAUUUAUGGUCGGAGCAGAAGCUCGUUAUUCGGCCUGAUUCUUUAUAAGCAAACAGGUUAAUCUGUGAUUCGAUGUGUAGAAUAUCGGAAAAAGAAGCUAUGAUGUUGUAUUAUGCCCUGUAUUCAUAACCUGUAUAUUUCUCAUUGAACUAUGGGUCAUGUAGAUCUUGAAAUUUGUGCUUUUAUAAUUCGUUCAAGCUCACGAAAUUGUUAGUUUAUUGAGCUGUAAAUAAUUCUUAUUCGAUACAUUAAAUAUGUUCAAUGUGAUGCUUCAGCUUCAAAUGGUGCUAUUUACAGUUUGGUAA